GUGAGAAGAAAGGGACUGAACUGCAAAAAACUAUUUCCCCUUCUUCUUGUAAGCGUAAAAUUAUCCACAUCAAAUAUCUCAAAAAUCAAACCUUUUGCCGAAAAAUUCGCAGAGCAAUCCCGCUUGCGAAGCCGCGCUCUCUCUGGGUGUGUGUUGUGUGUGUGAGUGUGUGUGUAAAGCUGAGGAAAAUUCAAGUAAAGCUAUGAGAGCGUUGGAAGACUGAAGAAAAAUGCCUCAAACAAUAAUGUUUUUGAAGCCCUUCAUUUCUGCUCCAUCAGCUUCGCUUUGGAGUGAAUCGAUUGGCAGCAAGAAUGCCAUUGAUGCGAAUAUUAGGAUAUGCAAGAGGGCGGAGGUGGUGUGCUUUGGGAUGUUGGCGCCGAGGAAGUUCAUGCAGAGGAGGAGGAAAGUCGAGGUCUUCAAGGAUGCUGCGGAUGAAGCUGAUCAGAAGAACUGGAGGAAGCUAAUGCUCGAAAUGGAGGAAUCCGACUCUGCCGUUGAAGUGCUCAAGAGCCGGAGAGCCAAGAACCAGGCCUUGCCCAAGGACGUGGUGGUUGGGACGCUCGUCAGAUUCAAGCAGCUCAAGAAAUGGAACCUUGUUAGUGAGAUACUCGAAUGGCUGCGUACACAGCAUUGGUGGGAUUUCAAGGAAAUGGACUUUUUGAUGCUUAUUACAGCCUAUGGGAAACUCGGGAACUUCACCAAAGCCGAGAGGAUUAUGAAUUACAUGAUCAAAAACGGCUAUCCGCCUCAUGUUGUGUCCUACACUGGUCUUAUGGAAGCGUACGGCAAAGGGGGCCAAUACAGUCAGGCGGAAGCAAUCUUUCGUAGAAUGCAAUCCACGGGCCCCGAGCCAUCUGCAGUGACGUAUCAAAUCAUUCUCAAAACUUUUGUGGAGGGUAACAAAUUUAAAGAAGCCGAAGAAAUCUUUGAAACCCUACUUGAUGAGAAGGUUUCGCCUCUAAAACCCGACCAGAAAAUGUUCCACAUGCUGAUUUAUAUGUACAAGAAGGCGGGGGAUUAUGCCAAAGCUCGUAAACUGUUUGCAUUGAUGACCGAGAGAGGAGUCGAGCAGAAUACAGUGACGUAUAACAGCUUGAUGUCGUUUGAAACCAACUACAAGGAGGUUGCCAAUAUCUUCGACCAGAUGCAAAGGUCGAUUAUUCGACCCGAUGUUGUGAGCUAUGCACUUCUCAUUAACGCCUACGGAAAAGCUAGAAGAGAAGAAGAAGCUUUGGCUGUGUUUGAAGAGAUGCUUGAUGCUGGUGUGAGGCCGACGCACAAAGCAUACAACAUCUUGCUAGACGCGUUUGCGACAUCCGGGAUGGUGGAGCAAGCACGAAUUGUCUUCAAGAGCAUGAGACGAGACAGAUGCACUCCCGAUCUCUGCUCUUACACGACGAUGUUAACGGCCUACGUUAAUGCAUCCGAUAUGGAUGGUGCUGAGAAAUUCUUUAAAAGGAUAAAGCAAGACGGGUUCGAGCCGAACAUCGUCACUCACGGUACUCUCAUCAACGGGUACGCCAAGGUGAACAAUCUCGAGAAGAUGAUGGAGAAGUACGAGAACAUGCGCGUCGAAGGGAUCAAAGCUAACGCGACCAUACUCACUUCCAUCAUGGAUGCUUACGGGAGGAACAAGGAUUUCGGCAGCGCCGCGAUUUGGUACAACGAGAUGGUGUCGGGCGGCAUCGCGCCCGACCAGAAGGCCAAGAACGUACUCUUGUCUCUGGCGAAAACGCCGGAAGAACAGCUUGAAGCUACGCAACUCGUGGAGAAUCCUUCUUCGGGCCGGCUCUCUGGCGGUGUCGGAGGCGACGGAGUCGAGAACACGGACGGCAGCGACGAUGAAGAUGAAGACGAUGAAUUUGAUGAGUUGACAAUUAGCAGCAAUGAUCAAUUACUAGAAAAAGCUCAUGCCUUGUGAAAAUUGUCAUAAAAUUUUGUACGAUUUUGGUUAAUACUAUAAUUGCAUAUAGUGUUGAUACAUAGAGUUAUGACAACUAUUGUACGAGGUUUAUCAAAUGCUAGAUGUAGAAAGGUCCAUUAACUAAAUCAAUUGUUGUUGAUAUUUUCUUUUCGAAAAUUUUGUAGAAAAUUUUAAAUAAUUGUUCUAUACUUCUAUAUACUAUAUUUUACCAUUAAGAAUC